CUUCCUUUAGUUAGCGUCACGGAGGCGGUAAACAAAUUGAAAAUAGCAGCUAAGCGGGUUGAGAGUUAAGACGCUGUUUAACCCCGUAUAAAAUUCUCGGAUUAUCAGUUCUCUACAAAGAGCAAGUUUCAGCUGGUUCCUGCAGUGUAUCAGGGCUUACAGAUUUGCAGCCAUGGUUACAAUGGAGACCAGGUUUUCCCACCUGUUACAGCCCAUCCGGGACCUUACCAAAAACUGGGAUGUUGAUCUUGCCACCCAGCUUGGGGAGUACCUGGAGGAGCUGGACCAAAUGACCAUCUCAUUUGAUGGAGGCAAGACAAUGAUGAACUUUGCUGAAGCAGCUUUGUUAAUUCAAGGCUCUACAUGCAUCUAUGGCAGAAAGGUUGAACUACUCCAUAGUUUGGUGUUUCAGACAUUGGACUGCAUCUCCAACAAAAACCGCAGACGUGAUAAGCAAGACUCUGCGUCUGGUGUAACUGAUGGUGCCACCACAGAUAAUGAUGUGGACGACUGUGAGUUUGAUGUGUUGGAAGAAGAGCCCAGUACUCAUAGUGUGGAGAUAAAAGGUGAUCCAGCUGAACCAGUGAAGAUUGUUCGGCUCUCUCCUGAGUCUCUGAUUCCUGCAGAAGCACAUGAAAAGCAAAAGUAUCCACUCCUCAGUCACAAGGGAGAGGUUCUUGGAAGCUGUAAAGAUUUUCGGAUCAAUAACUUCACCCAGGACACAAUGGGAAUCAUGAGCCUGGGUCUUGGCUCCUCUUGUGUUCAAUUUAACAGAGAGGCUUUAGGGCAGAGUGUGGCAGAGGUAGUUGCUGUUGAUCGUUAUGAGAAUGAUGAUCAGUAUGAUGAAGAUGGCCAAGGUGGUGAGGAGCUUGCUGAUCUGGUAGACAAUGGUAUUGGGGUGGAACCAGAGUCUGAUGAGCAUGUCGAGAGACAUCAGGCCCCCAGUGUGAAGCGAAUGCUACGUGAGAGGCCUCGAGUGAGCCUGGUUGCUGAGGAACCCAAGCAGCUACAGGAAACUGUGGAUCCUUGGAAGUGCCAUGACCUUUUUAAACAUGUUGGAGAAGAUAAACCUCUAAAAACGGGGAAGUGCUACAAUGUACCUGCUGGUUUAGAUGAAUCAGGCAAAAGGAAAAGAAAAGGCAGCUCAAAAAUACAGGAUUUCUGGGGGUGGUGCACAAGUUCUUAUGGGAACAUUGAUCGCAAGCUUAAGAAUGGACCUUUUUAUCCGGAAUUUAACUACAUGUACCUGGGAAAGAUGGGUCAGCGGCUCAAAUUGCGGAAGAAAGUUCUGAAAAAAAUGGGUGUGUACAUAUCUGAUGAUGUGCUAAAAAGAACCUACUUGGAGCCAGAGAACCAAGAGGACAGAGAUGAGGUAGUCCGACAUCCAGAUGUAGAUGGUGAUGAAUUCUCAGAUCAUGAAAAUGAGAAUUUGGUUGAAGAUCAUGUACCUGAAGACAUCAUUAGUGAACAGGAUCCAAUUUUAAAUGAUUCACAGAUGGGCCGGAUUAGUUAUGAGGACUUGGUCAAAAAGAGUGUGGAGUUGUUCCUUGCCAACUCUCAAAAGUACGCUCAGGAGACUGCUCUGUCUCGCAGGGUUAGGGAGUGGGAGGACGAGAUCAACCCUCGGCUCCUGGCUCAGGAGGACCAUGUGGUUUUUGACAUUCAUAACUAUGGGGACCAGAUUGUCCAGGCACUCGGUGCUGUUGGGACGAGGCGAUCUUUUGCAUCACUUGUCAAAGGCAUGGAAAACACAGAAGCCUGUAGAUACAUGUUGUCCUCUCUGCAGCUGGCAAAUGACUACACAGUAGAGAUUGAUAAGGGCUCUGGACUUGAUGAAAGCAUAGACACCAUUCACCUGACAUUGUUAACAAAAGAGAGAGCACAUGAACGCCUUAGAACCUACGGCACCCCCUUGGAGCAGGACCUUCCCUGACCUUUCACUGGCUGUAUGAGAUUAGAAUAAACCUGAAACAGGAUAUUUGUACACAUUACAUGGAACAGAAUCUUUUGUGUAAAGUGAUUCAUCUAUUAAACUUUUAAGUCACACUUA